UUGAUAAACCUAAAAGUACACCAACUCCAACUACACCUCCUACUGCUCCAUCCCUUCCACCUGUAGAACCUACUGUAGCUCCAUCCCUUCUACCUGUAGGACCUACUGUAGCUCCAUCCCCUCUACCUGUAGGAUCUUCUUAUGAACCUUAUCCACCGGCAGCUACAGCAAUUCCUGCCGGUGCUUACACUACUCCUCCUACCGACUCAGCUGCAUCCAGUACACCCACCGUUCCUACUACGGCUAAUACCGGUAUUCCUUCAGGUGCUUUCCGUAGCGUAACUGUUGGUAAUUCAAUAUAUGUUG